AUGGUGCGGCCGUUCCCAAACGAGAUAUGGUUGGACAUCUUCCAUGGCUUUGCCAAGGAAGGCGAGUACGACACAUUGGAACGAUGCAGGGUGGUGUGCAGGGAGUUUAAGCCGAUGGCGGAAGAGUGCCUAGAAUGGUCCAUGAUAUUCAAGAAUGUAGAGAAUGUGGAGCGCAUCAAGGUGGAUGUUUCCGGUGGUAUAUUGCGACGCUGGAGUGGGCCAGAGAGGGUGUUCAUCGAGGGCGGGAACAGCGAAGACGAGCGCCGACGGAUUCCACAUCUGGCGACGUUCGCGUCGAGGCUCGCAGGGAGAUGGCUCCGGAUCAGGCAGCUGUGGAUCAUCAACGCGGUGUGGCGGGCGCGGGAUCUGGAUCUGGACGCCGUCGUGCGUGAUCUGGCCGCGUCUGCGAUCAGGGAGCUCCACCUCUACGACGUCAUCUUCCCGUCGAUUUUAACACUUGGUCGUCUCAUCUGCGCUCUCCCGCGCCUCGAAAAGCUCGCUCUCGGUGAUGUCCAAUUCACCCUUCCUUCCCUUGAUGCAGGCACUAUCUCUCGAUUCCAUCUUCUGCCGCAUUCGCAGCUGGAGGCACUCGAUCUCGGCCCUGGGCACGGCGGCUUGGAGCUGAGACCCUCCUUUGUUGAAUUAGUCGACCUCAUGGCUGUCGUCAGUAAGGGGAGGCGCCUAGUCCCUCCUCUUGAUCUUGCGCAGGUGUCCCCUUGGAGCGCCGUUCGAUGGUUGACACUCGGUGCUGUCACGUUUCCCUCGGUCACGACCUUUGCUCGCCUCCUGUGCGCUCUCCCUGCACUCGAAGGCCUCGUGUUACACGGAUCAUACGUGUUCGUGAAACAUGGCCUUGACCUCAGACGUCUUCCUGUGCACCCUGGUCUACCAUUACAUCUAGCAGAUGUCGAGCUGCCACAAAGCUCCCGCUAUCGCUUGGACCCUUGUUCUGUGGCUGACCUUGUGGACCUUUUCAUCGCCACUGGUAUCAGCGAAAGACUUCGGCGCAUUGCUUCCUCUCUGCCCUCGUCACCCCGGGUUACAACAGCGUGCGACGCCGCCCUUAACAGGCUCGUCAAGCAUUCACAAUCACUCCGCCAUCUUUCAUUCGAGCCAUACUUAAUGAUGUAUGAGAUUCAAGACGCCGAUGAAUGGGUGCAUGUAGAUCACAGUGCAGCCCCAUACUUCGAUGUGUCUGGUAAUCCGUGCCUCGAACGCCUUGAUCUCGCAGUCGACGUCGAUCGCGAGAAUUUAUCACAUCCGUGUGCUCCGGUGGUGGAGAUCCUGUCACAGGUUACAUCCGCCCAUCUAUCAAGGAUUCAAGUCGAUUUCCAGCCUGUUGAUCCCCUCGGCGUAAAGCUCGACGUAUAUCUGAGAAAGCUGAUGGAUGGGCUCCCACAGCUUGAUGCCAUGUUCUCGCAGCCGUUCUUCAAGAACCUCACCGACGUCAUCAUAUACAUCAGUACGCUGGAUGGACCUAAUGUACAAGACGAAGAAUCAGCGCAUGGCCUACGAUUGUGCUUGCCCAUGCUUGAUGCACGUGGUAUUCUGGGCAUCAGGGUGAAUAAUGUGGAGACUGGACUGCACCAGGAUAUGGAGACGCGUGAAUGGAGAUGUCAUAAGAUCGAGAAGGCUUCCGCACAGGAUGCUGUGGUAACUGAUGCAGGUGCUGGUGCUGACGACGACAAGCGGACCAAUAACGCUACCACUGUCACAAUCCCGCAUGAAGACUCAGACAUGGUGCCUGCGGUCUCGCAGCCCGCCUGGGUGCCGCCAGCCAUGUAUGCCGAUGCUGAGACACCUUCCUCAUCGACUCCUACGGAUGCACGAAUACCUGUCGAAUUAGCGUGCGACGAUAAAUUUGUACUGCAUAAUGCAACGGCCGGGCCGGGAACGUCCUUGGACAAAUUUGCGCGAGACGAUGGUGGUGACAAGUUAUCCGCGGAGCCAGGGACGUCCGCCCAAUCUGCGUGCCACGAUGAACGUUUACUUCCUGAUUUAACGGCCGGUUCGGCACCUCGAAAUUUGCUUCAGACGAUUAUGCUCAUGCCGGAGCUGGUAGGCCUCGCGACGUCCGGCUAG